AUGGAGCCUGAAGAUCAGAUUACUGCCCGAUCGGCGCAAGGCCAGCGUGAGGUCAGGGAAACCCACGGCCCUCAGACCGCUUGCCCAGUCAAGACCGAUAUAUACGAAGCUGAGGGAUCCUUGGUCAGCAACGCCGGGCCCAAGAAGGGAGCCAUCACAGUACAUGAAGAAGAGAAAGGUGAAGACGACGCCACCAGCGCCAUGAGCAGGACCACCACGCAACUCGAGCAUCCACAGAUGCGGGCGUCCGCGACGGCACUAGAGUCAGAGUACCCCGUCGCCACUGCAGCCACCUGUACCACUGCCACUGCCACUGCCACUAUCGACCUCGAACGCACCCAACUCAAGGAUGAAAAGACCAACGUCGUGCUCACCCCACGCCACCCAAGCAACAUCAGCCUCGCCAUCAUGAUCAAUGUGACCAGAGGGAAGAGCCCCAUCACCAUUACCACCACCAUCGCAGCCAGCAAAUGCGGUGUAUGGACCGAGUUCCGCGCCGCGGUGGUGGAAGUUAGCUCCGAGGCUAUGGGCGUCAACAGCUUGAACUUAGCCAACGUGACAUUCAAGCUUGAAGAAGACGGCCACGCGGCCUGCAUGACCAUCGCGCCAACCAAGAUUGAUGCUGAGACCGCGUUCCCGAGCAGGACCUACGAGGCAUGGUACCAUAGGAUCAUGAGGGGAAAGCAGUCGAGCUACGUCGUGGAUGUCAAGAUGGACGUCUCAACCGAAGAGAGGGAGGAUGCGUGA